CGUAGACUGGAGCCUGUGUUGCAGCUUCACACAUCUACAGCGCAGAUGUUUUCAGUUUGACGUCCUCCUCCGUCUCGUCUGGAUGCCCCCACCCUUUGGUGCCUCAGGAUAAGGGGAGGAUGGAGCCAGACAUGAUGGACGUGCCUCCAGUGAUAUGAGUUUUUACAGACAAACUGUGAAGUCUGAGGUGAUAUUUAGCAAUCUAGCAGGGAACAGGAAGGAAAAUCAUCACAUCUUCUCCUCAAAUUCUGUAGGGUUGCCUGCAAACCCAAGGCCUGUCCGUAUCCGUCUCCACUGAUGUCUGCAAAGCAGUAUGAACUGCGCCAACCCCAUUCCACUGCAUUCCUGUUCAAUACUUAACGGAAGUCAGGGUCAGAGAAGAUGCCAAGGAAGAUGGUGACAAUAAGGCGAAUCCUCCAUGUCAAGAGAGAUGUGUUGUGCACAACACUGCUACUGGUGCUAUUCUGUCUGCUGCUCUAUGCCCACCAGGUUGUACUCUCCUCUGGGUGGGACAUGCCUGUAUGGAAGCUGGAGAUCCAUGGCUCUACCAGCUCCAGCAGGACAUUACUUGGCGCUAGCGGAGCCAAAGCAGGCCAGGAGUCUCCAGCGAUCCCAUCCAGCCCUUCAGAGCCACAGCUGCCUCCCUGCAAACUCCAGUCCAAGUCCCAACCUCCUUUGUCCAAGUUGAAACCUCCUCAGCUCAAGUCCAAACCUUCUCAUUCCAAGUCCAAACAACAGGUCAAAUCUAAGGGGAAAUCCAAGUCUCAACGGAAAAAUGCUGUCCCGACUAAGACCGCUGGCAAGCCCCUGCCUACGAUGCCACCAUUUGACUUUGAGGGCUAUCUGAGAGAAAAAGACAACAGAAACUUUAGGCUGCUCAUAGACCAGCCAGAUAAAUGUCACAUUGGAGGAGCAGAGGAGCAAGAAGGAGAAGGAGGAAAUCAAGGGUCUCUCUACAUGCUCAUUGCGGUGAAAUCUAUCCCUGCAGAUUUCGAUAAACGUCAGGUGGUACGUCGGACUUGGGGUAAAGAGGGACUUUUUCAAAAUGGUGUGUCCAUCCGGACUGUUUUUCUGCUGGGGGUUCCCAGGAAUCGGACUGCUUUACCUCUUUGGGAUCGGCUCAUGAUCUACGAGAGUCAAACCUUUAGGGAUAUCCUGCUUUGGGACUUUGAAGACACCUUCUUCAACCUGACACUGAAGGAAACCCAUUUUCUAAAAUGGGUUAACAGCAGCUGUCCUGAUGUCAAAUUCAUCUUCAAGGGUGAUGCUGAUGUGUAUGUUAAUGUGGAGAAUAUACUAGAGAUGCUACAAGGUCAAAAGCCAGACAAGGAUCUGUUUGUUGGUGAUAUUAUUAUCCAUGCUAAACCCAUUCGUCGGCGCAGUUCCAAAUACUAUGUUCCAGAGUUUGUUUAUGGAGGGGGUUUGUACCCAAAUUACGCUGGGGGAGGAGGGUUUGUCAUGUCGGGACAUACGGCUCGGAGGCUUAGCUCUGCCUGUCAACAGGUUGAGUUGUUCCCCAUUGAUGAUGUCUUUCUAGGAAUGUGCCUCCAACUGAUUGGUGUCAAACCAUCACGCCACCAGGGCUUCCGUACCUUCGGUAUUCCCCGGCCAUCUGCAGCACCCCACCUUCAAACGUUUGACCCCUGUUUUUACAGGGAACUCAUGGUUGUUCACAGCCUCAGUGUUCCUCAGAUCUGGCUUAUGUGGAACCUCCUGCACGACCCCAGUCUGAACUGCCACAACAGGACUAGCCAGACACCCUGGCCCUUUAAGUGGAAAGAUAAGAUGGGAGAAACGGCAGGAGAAGAGAAGGACUAUGGUGAGAAGCAGGUGUUUAUCAGGCAUUAGUGACUCCCUGCAGGGCCGAUUGGGAUCUACAAGAGCUUUAGU